AUGUCUUCUGACCGUCCUUCCAAAGGAGAUGCUUGCUUUGAUUGUGGGUCAAGUAACCCUACAUGGGUCAGCCUUACCUAUGGCGUAUUCCUGUGCAUAGAUUGCUCUGCUAUACAUAGGUCUUUAGGAGUCCAUCUAAGCUUCGUUAGAUCAACUCAAUUCGAUGCAAAAUGGACAUGGAUUCAACUUCGUGCGAUGCAACGCUUAUUCUUUAGCCAACAUGGCUGUCAGAUAACUGAUGCGCAACAUAAAUAUCAGAGUAUGGCUGCAAAAUUGUAUAAAGUUCAAUUGGAAAAGAUGGCAGUCGAAGCUAUGAAGACGUGUGGAACUAAGGUACUUAAUCCUGCCUAUUUUCUACUUAAGAUUUUUCCUCAAGCCCACGAAGAGAAGGCAAAAGAAGAGCAAGAUUUUUUUGAAUUAAACACUGAUAAAAACACAGAAAAUAUUUCUGGGAUGACUCUUAGCGAUCCACAAAGCGACGACUUGACCAAUCUAGGCAUUCAAAAAGUCUGUACAUCUGACUUUUCUGUGCAGAAAAAGUCAUUCGCCAAAAAGGUAAGACCAUCUUCAUGCGUUGGAAAACGGGGUGGUAUAGGGGCUGCUAAAGUUAAAGUCGACUUUGUCGCUAUAGAGGAGGCGGCGGCGCACGCAGAUCUGGAAGCAAAGAAGCAUGAAUCUGUUUGUACGCAAAUAAAAAAGGAUGAUACUGAUGAAGCUAAAAUGUAA